AUGCUCUUACGCUCAGUCCAUCUCCUCGCCCUCAGUGCUGGAGUGGCUUGGGCCCAGCAAGCUCCUCUCCGUAGCACCGGCGGCAGCUGUCUCUCCUCUUCAAACGCCAACAGGGCCACCGCCCUCACCGCAUGCUGCCCAACCGAUGCCACCGAAGGCAAAGGCACCGUUGACGGCACCGUCUUCACCUACGCCUGCGGCCAAUACGCCAAACCGUACGAGAGCACCGGCCAGAACACUGCCAGCCCGCGGGAGUGCGCCCAGCUCUGCGCGCAGGACCCGACCUGCGUCGCCGCGAGCUGGGCCGGCAGGAACGGGCUAUGCUACGUGACCAGAGACGGCACCUCGUUCGGGCCCAUGCCGGCGCGGCAGUUCAUCCUCCUGGCCAAGAGCGAGGAGCCGCCCGCCGACGACCCGUCUGCGGCGGACCCGGCGGCGACUGCGCAGUGCAACGAUGAGAAGGACGCCAUCCGCCGGGAGAUGACGAGCCAGUGCGAGGCGGAGGUGCAGGGGCAGAAGGCCGCGCACGAGGGCUCGUUGAAGGACGCAGAGGCCCAGUGCGAGGCUCAGAAGAGCCGGCAAGUGGCCGCGGCUAGAGAGCAGUGCGAUUCGGACAAGGCCGCAUUGGUGCGCGACCGGAAGGUGUGCGAGGCGGAGAAGGGCAGGCUGAAGGACCAGAGCGCUGCGGCCGAGAAGAAGUGUAAGUCUGAAGUAGCUGACUUGGAGAAGAAGGUGAAGGAUCUUGAGGAUAAGGGGCGACCCGGCCGCGGCUCAGGCCCAGGCGGCUUCGUCCAGACUGGCGAUCCGGCCUGCGAAAACAUCAAUACAUACAGCCGUUGCCAGGACGGAUGCAAGAGGUUUGCCAUCGACGGGGUGGAGUACGAGCUCAAAUGCAGUACAUAUGCUGAGCGGACGCAAACAACGAGAUCGGACGCUUACGAUACCAUCAAUGAGUGCCUGGCGAACAAGUGCAACAAGGAGUCGAAAUGUCUGGGAGUUAGUUGGACGCCCGACGUGAGUACUCUACCCGGGAACAUCUGCGAAACCGACGUGUACAGAGACUGA